AUGCAGCUCACAACCAUCUUCGCGAUCGCCGUGUACGCCUCGCUCGUUUUCGCGUUUGCGACGCCCGUGCCUCGGUCGGCAGGCGCGCACGAAAGAACACUCGAGACGAGGGCAGAAGACGCCGACGACGCCGGGGUGCGCAGCGGCAACACAUCAAUCAAUGGCACCAUCACUGGCGGGAACAGCAACAGCGGGAACAGCAGCAGCAACGGUGGGAACAACGGGAACAUCGGCAACAACGGCAACAACGGCGGGAACAGCGGGAACAGCAGCGUGAAUGGAAACAGCAACCAGGCCAACAACGGGAAUAGCGGCAACGUAGGUGGCGGGGUGGUGAUUGGGGGCAACGUCGCCGGGAACACGUUGGGCUGUUCAAGUAACGGCAAAGAUGCCGGAUUCGAACUGUCAGAGAGCGCUUCGACAAUGUGUCUGCCCCGAGACCUCGCUGCUUGGCCGGUCACCCAGUCGAAUUCGGAAUUGAAACGUUCCAAGUGGUCAUUCGCGGCGCAUUCGAAUACGUGUCCGGUUCGCGGUUGGCUUCGUAGUCAAACCAAGGAGCAUUACAAGUCCGCCCAGGCGGUAAGUAGUAGGAGUAGGAGUGGCACUACUAGCGGCAAUCCCAAGGCGAGGAUCAUCCGUAGCGGGGGCACAGUCGAGAGGAUAAAGGUGGAUCAAAAUCCUCCAACGCGGGUUAUUUGCCCGGUGUUUGACCAGCAGUGUGUUGGCGCCACUGGACCUGCUCAACGUCGAACGCGUGAAACGGGCGAGGAUGUAAGUAACAUGGUGGUGCGAGGCGGUGGUGAUGAUAGCAGAUGCGAGAGCGAUAGAUCUGAGCAUAGCACGGAGGAAGACGAAGACGCGUUAUUUUCAGACUCCAACGAUUCGACUCUCCGGUCGUACGCUCAGCGCGAUUCGAUGGAAUCAGAAUCUGAUAAUACCAAUAUCACUACGCCUUCGACGACUCCGUCUGGCUUGUCGAAACACGCGCUAGCCCUUCCACUCGUUGAUGAGGAACGCGAGUGGCAUCGUUGCCGCUGCUGCCGCCACACACCAAACGUCCUCACAACGGCACCGCCCUUUCAAAGGUCCUCGGAUGAAGCAGCGCAAUACGAAACCCAGUAUUACAUCGAUUUCUAUAACUUCGUUCGUACAACAUGGACCACUAAAGUGAAAACCAAGUCUGAGCACCCCGCUGAAAGAGAAGACUCCGGUACGGGCAUGUCCACGCUCGCGGUGGCAGCAGCAUAUCUACGGGCGAUAGACCUACUAAGGGCCAUGGGCCACAGGGUAGCCGACGGCAUGAAUCAUCUGAUCAAGAUAGUUGGGCAAGAUUAUGUAGAUGAGUACUCCACGGAGAGCUUGGCGCUGGAUAUGGUUGACGGGUUCGUCAAAGUACGGGGAUCAUUGGAGAGGGCAGAUUAUUCGUCGUUGUCUCGUUCACGUGGAGGUCGUUGGGAUUUCGAGAGGGAGAGCGCGAGCGAGGGCGAUAUGUGGUUGGAUUAUUACACGAGGCGAUUUUCAGAAAUCAUUGCCAACCGUUGCGAUAUAGACGAGGCUACAGAUGACGCCGACGACGAGCAGGUGGAGAGCCCGGCGCCGACCGGUGUCUCCAACGCGUCGAAGGACGCCUCAACCACUAGUCGCAAGAGGAAGGCUCCUGCUGCCCAGCUCGAAGUCGAUUCCAAGGUAUUGAAGACGAGAUUCCUGAAAGCUAGGCGAACAACUAAGAAGGCGAGGGAGGCUGGUCCGAAGCGAGGGGGCUCUGCGAAAGUAAAGUGA